GAAGCGUUACCGUUUCAUCCUAGGUUAAGCCAUGUUUCCCUUUCUCCCCCCUCCUUUGGCAUUCUUCCCUCCUACUUCAAGUGAUGGCCAUGGCAAUGAAGCGGCAAAGUGUUGUAAUGGCCAUUUCUUCUUCAGCUUCAACCCUUUUAGGGUUUCAUUCUCAGCGAAGCCAAACUGAAAUGGGUAUGAUUUGCUGUCUUCAUACUUCCACUAUUAGUCGUAGUCGUAGUGGUAGUGGUAGGCAAAAGUACCAAAAGGGGUGUUCUUUUACAAACAUUGAAGAUGCCUUGUUUUCUUUCAACCACAUGAUUCAUAAGCAUCCCCUGCCUUGUAUUGUUGAAUUUGAUAAGUUAUUAUCAGCUCUUGUUAGAAUCAAACAUUAUGGGACUGUGCUUUCUUUGUCCAAACGAAUUGAAUUGCUGCGGAUUGAACGUGAUGUCUUUCAUUUUAACAUUUUGAUCAAUUGCUUCUCUCGCUUGCAACGUGUCGAUUUUGCGUUCUCUGUCUUGGGAAAAAUCAUUAAGCUUGGUUUUGAACCUGAUGCUGUGACUUUUUCUAGUUUAAUUAAUGGGCUUUGUUUUGAGGAUAAAUUUGCUCGUGCUAUGGAAUUCUUUGAUGAGAUGGUGGCGAGCGGAUAUCAACCCAAUCUACAUACUUAUAAUACGAUUAUAAAAGGUUUUUGCAAGAUUGGGAAAACCACCGUCGCUGUUGGAUUGCUCAAGAAAAUGGACAAGGCGGGUGGCCGACCGGAUAUUGUAAUCUACAAUACAAUUAUUGAUGGCCUUUGCAAGGAUAGACUAGUCAAUGAAGCUUUAGAUAUCUUCUCCGAAAUAAAGGGUAAAGGCGUUCGGCCUGAUGUUUUCACUUAUAGUAUCUUAAUGCAUGGUCUAUGCAAUUCAGACCAGAAGGAAGAGGCUUCAGCAUUGUUCAAUGAAAUGAUGAGUCUGAACAUCAUGCCAGAUGUAGUUACAUUCAAUAUUUUGAUUGAUAAACUUUCUAAAGAAGGCAUGCUUCCAGAGGCUCAAGGAAUAAUCAAAAUAAUGAUUGAAAAGGGUGUGGAGCCUAAUUAUGCGACUUAUAAUUCAUUGAUGAACGGCUAUUGUUUGCAAAACAAAGUUUUUGAAGCUAGAAUGGUAUUCGAUGCAAUGAUAACCAAGGGCUGCAUGCCUAAUGUUGUUAGUUACAACAUCUUAAUCAAUGGAUAUUGUAAGGCCCAGAGGAUAGAUGAGGCAAGAGAACUUUUCGAUGAAAUGAGUUUUCGAGGCUUAAUUCCUAACACUUUUAAUUACAACACUCUUAUUAGUGGCUUGUGCCAAGCAGGGAGACAUUUUGAAGCAAAAGAGCUUUUCAAGGAUAUGCAAGCCCAGGGCUGCUCCCCAGAUUUAGUAACUUGCACAAUUUUGCUCGACGGCUUAUGCAAACUAGGGUAUCUUGAUAAUGCAUUGAGAUUGUUUAGAGCAAUGCAAGAUAGUUGCUUGAAACCUAAUUUGGUGACCUAUGAUAUCCUGAUUCGCGCCAUGUACAAAUCCGGGAAUCUUAAAACUGCAAGGGAACUGUUUAUGGAAUGCACAUUCAAUGGAUUGCAACCUGAUGCUAGGAUAUCUACUGCAAUAAUAAAUGGACUUUGCAGAGAAGAUUUGAUAGAUGAAGCAUACAAAGCUUUCAGAAAAAUGGAAGAGGAUAGCUGUCCACCAGAUGUUUGCUCAUACAAUGGUAUUGUCUGAGGAUUUCUCCAGAACAACGAGAAGAUUUGAUAGAUGAAGCAUGCAAAGCUUUCAGAAAAAUGGAAGAGGAUGGCUGUCCACCAGAUGUUUGCCCAUACAAUGUUAUUGUCUGAGGAUUUCUCCAGAACAACAAGAAGUUUUGAUAGAUGAAGCAUGCAAAGCUUUCAGAAAAAUGGAAGAGGAUGGCUGUCCACCAGACGUUUGCCCAUACAAUGUUAUUGUCUGAGGAUUUCUCCAAAACAACGAGAAGAUUUGAUAGAUGAAGCAUGCAUAGCUUUCAGAAAAAUGGAAGAGGAUGGCUGUCCACCAGACGUUUGGCCAUACAAUGUUAUUGUCUGAGGAUUUCUUCAGAACAACAAGAAGAUUUGAUAGAUGAAGCAUGCAAAGCUUUCAGAAAAAUGGAAGAGGAUGGCUGUCCACCAGAUGUUUGCCCAUACAAUGUUAUUGUCUGAGGAUUUCUCCAGAACAACGAGAAGAUUUGAUAGAUGAAGCAUACGAAGCUUUCAGAAAAAUGGAAGAGGAUAGCCGUCCACCAGAUGUUUGCUCAUACAAUGGUAUUGUCUGAGGAUUUAUCCAGAACAACGAGAAGAUUUGAUAGAUGAAGCAUGCAAAGCUUUCAGAAAAAUGGAAGAGGAUAGCCGUCCACCAGAUGUUUGCCCAUACAAUGUUAUUGUCUGAGGAUUUCUCCAGAACAACGAGAAGAUUUGAUAGAUGAAGCAUACGAAGCUUUCAGAAAAAUGGAAGAGGAUAGCUGUCCACCAGAUGUUUGCGCAUACAAUGGUAUUGUCUGAGGAUUUAUCCAGAACAACGAGAAGAUUUGAUAGAUGAAGCAUGCAAAGCUUUCAGAAAAAUGGAAGAGGAUAGCCGUCCACCAGAUGUUUGCUCAUACAAUGGUAUUGUCUGAGGAUUUAUCCAGAACAACGAGAAGAUUUGAUAGAUGAAGCAUGCAAAGCUUUCAGAAAAAUGGAAGAGGAUGGCUGUCCACCAGAUGUUUGCCCAUACAAUGUUAUUGUCUGAGGAUUUCUCCAGAACAACAAGAAGAUUUGAUAGAUGAAGCAUGCAAAGCUUUCAGAAAAAUGGAAGAGGAUGACUGUCCACCAGAUGUUUGCCCAUACAAUGUUAUUGUCUGAGGAUUUCUCCAGAACAACAAGAAGAUUUGAUAGAUGAAGCAUGCAAAGCUUUCAGAAAAAUGGAAGAGGAUGGCUGUCCACCAGAUGCUUGCUCAUACAAUGUUAUUGUCUAAGGAUCUCUCCAGAACAACGAUGCAUCAAGGGCAGAACAACUUAUUUUGUUUAUGCUUAUUUCAGAGUUGAGCAAUGAAAGCUGUUUAAUUCUUCUCUAGAUGAUUAAAGGUAUUUGGAUUUUUAUAAUAAGUAACUUUGAAGAUGCUCUUGGCUGCUACCUUUCUUUUGCAAAUGAAAACAAAUAAAUAUGCAGAACACUUCCAAUGAGUUUUAUUUUAUUUAUAUGUUUAUUUAUUGUUUUCGAAUAGCUUUUUCUGUUUGCGGAAUACGAUCAUAUGUCGUUUUGUUUGUUGAAUACAUGUACGGUAUGUUCUCAAGAAAAAAACUUUGUAUCUUGAAGUUUUAUACUGUACAGGGGGAAUUAACUUCUUGUGACUGACAACAGGAGGAGUUUUGAUAUAAUUUUGAUUUGCACAGGAUGAUUGAGAUCAUGUGUACAGGGGGACAUAGGAUGGCCAUUUAUGAUUAUUUUGGCAAAUUGCUGGUAUAAUUCUGUUUGAAGCUUAGCAGGGGUGUAGGCAGUGGAGCUUGGGAUGGCUGAUAGAAAUAAGACUCUACUCUGUCAAGCAGGAGAACUGACAUCAAUCUGGCGAGACAAGUUUUGAAUGAAGUUUCUUUGCAUAUGUGGAUAAACGUGAAGUUGCUUGGAACUUUCAGGAAUGGUACCCUGUGACAAGCGUUUGAAUACGUGAUUUGAUUACGUUUGAAAAUAACUUGAAACAGUUCGUUAGUUUUUUUUCA